CAUUGGGUGAGCGUCCAGACAGUCAGGCGGACCAGACAGAUUACUACCGCUGCCGGAAUACACAAAUCAGAGUGAGGGCGCAGCAGCAGCUUGGCCCUACCUGUCCUCCGUUUCUCUGCUAGAUUGGAGGUGGAGGUAGCGGCGACACAAGCGGUAUUUUGUGCGUGUUCUGGUCCAAUGGAGGCGGCGGUGCUGAACCACGCGAUAAUGACGGAGGUGGACUGCAACAGCAACACCCUGAACGCCGAGCUGGAGGUGAAGAAGCUGCAGGAGCUGGUGCGCAAACUGGAGCGGCAGAACGAGCAGCUGCGGACCCGGGCCAGCAGCUGCUCCGGCGGCCCGCAUGUGCUGCCUCCAUCCUCGGGCUGCGGGCUCGGCGGCGCCGGGGGAUACUGCCUCCCGAGCCCGCUGCCCACCCUCCUGUGCCAGGCGUCCUUGGGGUCAUUUGCGCCCCCGGAGGAGCCUUUCGACUAUUUCCAGUCAGGCGGGGAUGGAGCGGAGGACGGAUCCGAGCCGUCGGUUCUGGACGAGCUGGAACUUUUGGAUUUUGAUUCUCUGUGCUGCUCGGACGAGUCUGAUGAAACAUGGUUGUAUGUGUCCUCAAAAGCCAGAGAGUCCACAGAAAACUCCCUAUCACCUCUGCAGUGGUGCCGGCAGGCUCUGGACUGUCCCAAAUCGGAGGUGGAUGCCGCCAGGAGAUCCCUGUCCCUCCGACUGGAACAAGUCUCCAGGUGGCGCAGCUCCUUGUCCAGCCCCUCUCCCACCUCCUCCCCCGGCCCUCCUCUGAGCCGAGUGGCCGGAGUGUCACCCAUCAGCGCCUCCCCAUCAGUCAAAGCCUGCUCCACCCCCCAGUCGUCAGAAAGACACGCGCCAUCCCUCUCCUCCCCGCUCCACCCGGUCCUCCACCGGACUCUGAGUCCAGUAGGGAAGGACCUGUCCCCCGUAGCUGAGAGGACCCCCACCUUCCUCCCAGCAAACCGCAGCCGCAGCCUCCGGCACUUGGUCCUCAGUCCCCAGUCGUCCAUGGACAGUGACCUCGGCGCUUCAGAGGUGGAGGACGACUCCAUCACUCUGGGAUACAAACUGCAAGACCUCACUGACGUCCAGGUCAUGGCCCGACUGCAGGAGGAGAGUCUAAGACAGGACUACGCCAGCACGUCGUCCGUCCUGGCCAACCGCCGCAGCCAGAGCUUCACCUUCCAGCUCAGCCAGCUCAGCGCCGGCCCCGACCUGGAGGAGGAAGACGAGGAGGACGACGAAGACUACGGAUUCCUACCCCCGCCGCAGCCACGCCUCACCCGCCUGCCGCACUCCCACACCUUCUCCAGCAUGCGAGACUGGCGAAGAAGCACCAGCUCCCUGUCCACCCCACCUUCCACCCCCUCCACCCCGCCAUACCCUUCCGCUGGGUUCGCCUUUCAACCUCAGCUCCAAACCCCGCCCCCGGGCCUGGGCCUGGGCAGCCUCAGCGCUAUCGAGCAGCAGGGCUUCAGACCAGGAUCCGAUAAGCUGCGGAGGAGCAUGCCUAACCUUGUCAGAGCUCCCAGCAUGCCCAGUGUGCCCAUUCCAACCAAUCUUAGUGCUUCCCCUUCUUUGCUUCGUAACAGCCAGAGUUUUGAUUCAUCCAGUGGCCUGGCUCGACUGCAGUCCUCCAUCCCGUCCCCAGGCCAGCUGCAGAACAGGGUCCAGAGUGUCGGGAACUUCUCCUCGUUAUCACGGCAGCCGCUGAAGGCGACCGCCUACGUCAGCCCCACCAUAAAGGGCUCGGCCUCCAUGCCGACAUCCACCAGCCUCCAGUGUCUGAACAUUAGCAGCGGUGCUAACAGCGGGGUGGGCAGUGGCAUCCCCAUGCUCAGUAAAUCUCCAAGUGGAGGUGCCACUCCCGCCCCAAACACGCCUCGCAGCGCCCUGCCCCGCCCCGCCUCCUUCGUUGGCACCCCAAGCUCCGCCCCCCGUGGCAAAGUGGGCCAACCAGCACGAAGUUUACUGACGCCUCCAAAGAGCUUGUCCACCCUCAGUGCCCUUCGUGACAGCACCUGGAGAGACGGCUGCUACUGACGAGUCGAUGAACUGGUGCAGUCGUGCAGUGAAAACCCCGCUGGCUGGGGUGUCUCACUACGCGUCAGCAGAAAGGUUUUUCUUGGGGACAUCUGAAUGAAUUUGACCAAAAAGUAACUGUAAGCUUAAAGGGAUGGAUUGUUGUUGUUUUUUUAAGUAAGGUAAUUAAGGUAGUCAGUCUAUUGCGGUCAGCACACCCCCAGCUAAGCUAUUUAGAGAGUAAAAUGUAAAAAAAAAAACAUAAACAUACUGAGAAUAUUUUCACUGCUUUACCUUGCCAUCAGACAGCCCUGUUCAAGUUUACUUGGGCCACC